GCAAACGUAACAUUGUGAAGUGCUAUAAAAAUAAGGUGUCUUGAUAUACGUAUCUAUAUAUAUUGACAGUUGGAUGAAAAUUGCCCAAAGUACGCUAAGAGCCAAUUAAACCGCACCGUUAACACGUGCGUUUUGUUGGCAAGAUGAGUGCAUCGGCAAAUGCGAUGGACUUUGACGAAAUACUCACGCAGAUUGGAGAGUUUGGACGCUACCAAAGAGUCAACUAUUUGCUCAUCUGUUUACCGGUGCUCUUUGCGGCGGCAAACAGUCUGUCGUAUGUGUUUACUGCCGGUACGCCAAAAUAUCGUUGCCGCAUUGAAGAGUGCGAUGUGUCGUAUCAGAAUCCGGCGUCAUACCAGACGGAUUGGCUGGAGCUGGCUAUGCCAGGUACACGUGAUAAACAUGGUUACUUUACACCCAAGGACUCGUGUCUGCGUUAUACCAGCAACAUAAGCGCAGUAGCAGCUUCAGACGAGUGUCAAGCAGAGCUGUUUGCGCCGCCGCAAACGCAACGUUGUAUGGACUUUGUUUACGACACGGGCGAAUAUACAAUUGUGCAGGAUUGGCAUCUAACGUGCAAGGAGAACAAAUGGAAGCUGGCCUUUGUUGGUACAACACACUUUGCAGGACUUGUAAUUGGCACGGCCCUUUUUGGUUAUCUCGCUGAUAGAUUUGGACGCAAGAACAUUUUCCUGUUUUGCAUUAUAUUCAUGGGUAUAACUGGCAUUGGACAGGCGCUUGCCUGGGAUUAUACAAGUUUCUUAAUCUUUGCACUGCUAAAUGCGAUCGGCACAUCUGGUGUUUAUCCACUGGCUUUUAUAAUUGGUGUGGAAAUGGUUGGUCCACGUAAAAGAGAAUUGACUUCUAUAGUACUCAACUAUUUCUAUGCACUGGGCGAAGCUCUAUUGGGCUUGGCAGCGUGGCUAUUACCCAACUGGCAAUUGCUGCAAUAUGCGCUAUCAGUACCACCUUUAUUUUUUGUGGCCUACUACUGGUUAGUUCCGGAAUCCGUGCGCUGGCUCAUAGCACGCAAUGAACACGAGAAAGCAGGAGCAAUAAUCAAGCGUGCGGCGCAGGUUAAUCACCGUGAGUUGUCUCUGGAGCUAAUGGCCAGUUUCAAGCAACAACAACUAGAGGCCAACGAUGCCGACAAGCAUCAAUCUCUGUUGCAGCAAAAGCAGCAGGAAGAACGACAAAUUUGGCCAUCCGUUAAGCAGGUAUUCGCGGCUCGUCAACUUGUCUGGCGUUAUGCUGCCAUGAUGUUUAUAUGGGCUGUUAAUGCUAUAGUAUUCUAUGGACUUUCACUGAAUUCUACUAAUCUCAGUGGCAACAAAUAUCUGAACUUUACACUGGUGUGCCUUAUAGAAAUACCCGGUUAUAGCCUGGCCUGGUUAUGUCUACGAAAAUUGGGACGUCGUCUUGCUUUGUCCGGUUCGCUGAUACUCUGUGCUGUAACCUGUGUCAUCAGCGGCUAUAUAACAUCUGGUUCCAAUUGGAUCAUUAUAGCUUUGUUUUUAAUUGGCAAACUGGGCAUAACAUCCUCCUUCGCGGUUAUAUACACAUAUACAGCUGAAAUGAUGCCUACGGUCAUACGCAGCGGUGGCGUAGGUGUUAUGUCGACCUUUGCCCGCUGCGGUGCAAUGCUGGCGCCAUUUGUGCCUUUACUGGGCUCCUACUAUGAGCCUUUGCCUCUAGUAUUGUUUGGUGCUUUCUCAAUGCUAGCGGGCUUGUUGUCUUUUCUGCUGCCGGAAACAUUUCACAAGAAGCUACCCGAUACGGUCGCUGAGGCAAUUGAGCUGGGCCGUACACGUACAAACUCAACAAAUAGUGCCCAGCAGGAGUCGACAAAUUAAUUAACUUAAUCUUAAAUCCUAAUAAUAUCUCAUUUAGUACAAAACUUAUUUUUGUAUAUUAGAUUUAACAAAACCAAGUUGGUACU